GAGAACGUAGUGCAUCGACAGAGGCUAUCGACCUUCCCACAGUUACUUGAAAUAACUGUUAAGCUGUUGAAAAUAACUUCGUUCAAGCAAACAGCUCACAGGGCACCCGGUUCUUCGACUCGAUCGCACAUAUUCGCUGGACUAUAUCGCAAAAUUCAAAUAACUAUUUUGUGUUUUAUAAAAUAAAGAAAUAAAAUACUUCAAUAUGUACGUGCUAAUAUUAUUAGCUCAAUGUCUUCUUUGGGAAUUAACAUGUAGUUAUACUACUUACGAUCAGAGGCAAGACGGACCCUGGAAUUUGGAAAUUGACGUAAAAAAUGUGAACAUAUUUGCUUUAAUGAAGGGAAAUAAAGAGGAAUAUGUGGAAUACGAUUACGCUUAUGAUUAUUCGGAGAUGACAAUUAAGCCACCAAAUGGCACGAAACCGAAACCAACAAAUUCUACGACUACAUCAACGGAAAUUCCAUCUGUAAAUACGACAAAUAUGACGACUGAAAACUUUAUUGAUGUAAAAAAAAAUAAUACAGUUGUAGAUGCUGAAGUGAUAAUGACAACUUUGCCUCUAAAAAAUUACACACUAACCGGUGUGGAUGUAUCUCUUGAGGCAAAUAGCACUACCGCUGUUCCUACAACUUUAGCUUUAAAAAAUGAUACUAUAACCAGUGUGGACGCACCUUUCCAGGCAAAUAAAACUGCCGCUGUUACUACUUCAAUAACGAAUUGCAAAAAAGGUUUCGUGCAAAAUAGCAAUGGAAACUGUGAGCUUGAAAUGCAAGGUACCUCAAAUGCGUUACGCAAACUGGUUAAACUAUCACAAAAAUUAAAAUGGAGAAGAGCUAAUCAUCACACUAAAGAAGAAUCUACAUAAUCUGUAUACAAUUACUAUCAUUGUUUAUAGCUAUUCAUUAAAGAUAAUAAAACAAAUUAAGACUUAUGCUGAUAUAGAGAUGGUUAUGUAAUAAAAAACAUGAGUUUUAAAUCUGUAAGGAAUAAUAUAACUCUAAAUAGGAUCACUAUUUAUUAAUAGUUAAUAAAACAGUUUAAUAUUUAUGGUUUAUUAACAUUUGAUUUAUUGUGGUUUAUUAAACCAAUUGACUUAGAA